AUGGCGAUCCAAAAGAAGCAUGGCAAGGGUCGUCUUGACAAGUGGUAUAAGCUUGCCAAGGAAAAGGGCUACCGUGCUCGAGCCGCUUUCAAACUUAUUCAGUUGAACAAAAAGUAUGGAUUCCUGGAGAAAAGCAAGGUCCUUUUGGAUCUUUGCGCCGCACCUGGUUCGUGGUGCCAAGUUGCCGCGGAAGUAAUGCCCGUAAACAGUUUAAUUGUCGGCGUUGAUCUUGCUCCCAUCAAGCCGAUACCCAGAGUAAUCACCUUCCAGAGCGACAUUACGACUGAGAAGUGCCGUGCCACUAUUCGACAACAUCUGAAAACCUGGAAAGCUGACACUGUAUUGCACGACGGCGCGCCGAAUGUUGGUACCGCAUGGGCUCAGGACUCGUUCAACCAGGCAGAGCUCGCUUUGCAGUCCAUGAAACUAGCGACGGAAUUCCUUAUCGAAGGUGGCACAUUUGUUACCAAAGUUUUCCGAUCGAAGGACUACAAUCCACUUUUAUGGGUGCUGAAUCAGCUCUUCACGAAGGUCGAAGCUACAAAGCCGCCUUCGUCUCGAAAUGUGUCCGCCGAAAUUUUCGUUGUUUGCAGAGGCUUUAAAGCCCCCAAACGUAUCGACCCUAGAUUUCUCGACCCGCGUUAUGUUUUCGCCGAACUGACUGGUGCAACACCGAAUAACGAGGCCAAGGUUUAUAACCCUGAGGUGAAGAAGCGGAAACGAGAAGGUUAUGAUGAGGGUGACUACACCCAAUUCAAAGAAGUCGCCGCUAGCGAGUUCAUCCAGACGACAGACCCAAUCGCUAUCCUCGGAUCAUCUAACAAGCUCACAUUUUCACAGCCACGCAAUGGGGACGUUGCCCUGGCGGCCCUGGACAAGCUGCCAGAAACUACUGAAGAAAUCAGAAACUGUUGCCGAGAUCUCAAGGUCCUUGGAAGGAAAGACUUCAAGCUACUCCUCAAGUGGAGACUUAAAGUGAGAGACAUCUUUGGCUUUUCAACCAAGGACAAAAAGUCCGAGGAAGAUCCAAAUGGAGAAGAGGUGGCUGAAGUUGAACCAAUGGAUGAGGAACUCCGUAUUCAAGAAGAGUUACAGAGCAUGAAAGACAAGGAGAACUCAAAGAAGAAAAGAGAGCGGCGUAAGGAAAACGAGAAGAAACAGCGCGAGAUUGUUCGUAUGCAACUCAACAUGGUUGCACCUAUGGAUAUUGGCAUGGAAGAGUCUGGGCCAAUUGGAGAAGGUGCCAUGUUUUCUAUGAAAUCUGCGGACAAGUCAGGUGCAUUGCGAAGACUCAAUCGUGGAAGAAUGGUUGUAGUUCCCGAUCAAGUACAGUCAACAGCUCACAACAGUGUUGAAGGACUCGACCAAGGCGAAAGUGAAAGUGAUGAUGAAGAAGACCGCCUGGAACGGGAACUUGACUCCAUGUACGACAACUAUCGCGAGCGGAAGGCCGAGGCGGACGCGAAAUACCGAGCUAAGAAAGCCAGGGAAGAGCGAGAUGAUGAAUGGGAGGGCUUCUCGGCCGACGACGAUGCCGAAAAAUCAGACUCAAGCGUAUUCGAAGAAGAGAACGAUUCUUCGGACGAUGAUGACGACGACAUGCCAACAAGAAGCCUGUUGGCAGAUCUUGACGAUAGCACUCCCCCAGCGGAUGGAUUAUCUAAAAGAGCCGCGGCUUUCUUCAGCCAAGAUAUCUUCAAAACCUUCACCAUCAACGACAAAAAUUCUGUUGACAUGAAUGGGCAUGAGAUAGCCGUGACCACUGGCGGGCCAUCUUCCAAGGAUGAGCAGUUGAACGGAUUGGGUACCAGCCGUAAGAAGGGCUUAGAGUCUCCCAAAGCGAACAAACAGCUACACCCUCAGGAUGACGAGACGGACAACAGUGAAUUUGAAGUCGUUAAGAAUACAAUUGACGACGACUGGGAAGAGGAGAAGAGACUUCCAGAUGGCAAGCUCGACAUUGAUAUUAUUACUGCCGAAGCAAUGACGUUGGCUCAUCAACUUGCUACGGGCCAGAAGACUAGCCACGACGCGAUUGAUGAUGGCUUCAAUAAGCAUGCAUUCCGUGACAAGGAUGGCUUACCUGAGUGGUUCAUGGAUGAUGAAGGCAAGCACGAUAAACCGCACAAGCCUAUUACCAAGGCAGCGGCGAAUGCCAUCAAAGAGAAACUCAGGGCGUUCAACGCAAGACCCAUCAAAAAGGUCCGGGAAGCUAAGGCAAGAAAGAAGUUCAAGGCUGCUCAGAAGUUGGAGAAGCUUAGGAAGAAGUCCGACAUGCUCGCCAAUGAUGAAGGCAUGACAGAAAAGGAAAAGGCGGAAAGUAUAUCUAAACUCCUGAGCAAAGCUGCUCGAAAGAAGCCGUCACAACCCGCUAAGCUGGUGGUGGCUCGGGGCUCGAAUAGGGGAAUUCAGGGCCGACCAAAGGGUGUGAGAGGGAGAUAUCGUAUGGUGGAUCCGCGAAUGAAGAAGGAGCUGAGAGCGCAAAAGCGAGUUUCUCAGAAGAAAAAGAGGUGA